CCCAAUCUUAAUGGUUGUUCCAGUGAUUCCCAUGCUGUUAUGAGAUUUUAGUGAAAGACUGUAUUGAAGCUGGACAGAGAGCGGGAGAGAGAACGUGUCUGGUAAACCUGUAGGUUAUAGGGUCAGCACUGCGAGAUAUAAGCUUAGAAUCCAUUAGUGGAUUAUAUCCAUAACCACGCCAUGGCUCCUGCAUCCCUCUUGGAUUAAAGAGAGAGAGGAAGGGAGAGACAGAGAGAGAGAGAGCGAUGCAGAGAUAUUCUGAGUGCGUGAGGGUAACUGGAAAGCAAGGGAAUUGAGCAAAUUCAAAAGCAGAGCUUUGUGUGCUGAGCAUACGUGGACUGAGAAACACUGGGAGGCGAGCUGAAGUAAAGUCGGAGCGCUAACAACACUUUGGGUUGGCAGACUUAAAGUGAUCUUGGCACACCUACGGUAUAUUAUCUUAUAAUAUACUUAUUUUUAUUCCUGGCUGAUUAAGCGAAUUGCACAAGAAAAGCAUGGACUUGGACCUGGAGGGGAUUAUCCAGUGCAUCAAGCAGGGGGAUGAAAAUGGUGUUGAGACACAGCUGCAGGAGUUCAACAAAGAGUACGCCCAGUGCUUCUUCUUUGAUUCAGAGGAGCGCAACCAAAGGAAAAAAAAGAGACUAGAAGAGUUCAAGAAGAAUAAAGUGAGGGAUUACGCUGAUUCUGACUCCGACUGUGACGAGUACGACCAGGAGGAUCGAGGCCUCAUCCUCAGACAGAAUUUAGCUGUCGUCCUUGUGAGGUUCAUAAGAACAGAAGUCAAAUGUCCUCUGUUGAGAGUAUCUCUACGCACCCUGAGAAUCCUCUCCAGAGACAAAAAGGUCCUGGGCCCUUUGGUGACCGACAGCGCUCUCCUGAUGCUGGCCAAACUAGCCGGGCUGACCACAGGCGACGCAAGCGACGACUCCAGCGACCCUGACUCUGAUUUCUACGACAACAUCAUCGCUUCUCUCGCUGCGGCCAAAAUGUUGCAGUGUCACACAGACGAGAGCGAGGGUGACAUUGGAGCCAAUGACCAAAACGAGGUGUGCUUGGAUGAGGACGCCAAGAGUGACACCAGCGUCUCCAACUGCGGAGAUCAGGACAGCAUCAGCUUUCUUGGCUGCAACCGGACCAGCAUCAACGAAAUGCACAGGGGCGACACCCAUCACAAGGUGCUGGAGAGAGGGAGGAGGGACCGCAGAGAGAGCAAGAUGGACGGGGAGGGUGAGGAGCAGGGCAGCGAGUCAGGAGAGGAGGCACAGAGAAAAGAGGCCAUGAAGGUGUUGUGUAAUGUGGUGUACAACAGCACCUGGGCGCAGGAGAGGUUCAGUGCUCUCAGGCUCAUCUGUGGCCUCACAGAGCGUCUGUCCUCCAGUGCUAGCGGCUCAUCUCCCUCCAGUGUUCACUUCUAUGAACUGCGCCUCAUGUUCCUCAUGACUGCACUACGGCGAGAGCUCAGCACUCAGCUUCAAAAGGAGGGAGGGGUGUCCAUCUUCACAGCAGCUCUGGAGAACUGCCUGAAUGUUCAGUGGAAGGACCAGUAUGAGUGUGUGCUGGACCCUGCAGCACCAGCCAUCUCAGUGGAAGCCUCUCAGCGUAUCAUAGAGAUCCUCAAAAUCCUCUUCAACAUCACCUACAGCAGCCACAGGCAGGAGCCAAGCGAGGAUGAUGCAGCUCUUUACCGACAUCUGGUGGCGAUCCUGCGUCUCUGCCUGAUGAAGAAGUGUUUGAUUACAGACGACACAGAUGAACUGCAGGGUCACACAGUCAACCUGCUGUCAGCGCUGCCUCUCCAGUGUCUUGAUGUGAUGCUGACGGUGCCUCUGGCCCCUGACUCGCAGGACUGCCAGGGGGUCAACAUGGACUGUGUCCACACCCUGGUGCUGUUCAUGGAGAGACGCCUGGAGUUGGGUGAGAAGCUGAAAGAGAAGGUGACACCGAUCCUCAAUCUGCUGACAGAGAGCUGCAGGGCCCACAGAGAAACACGCCAUUACAUCCGGAAACGUAUCCUGCCUCCUCUGAGAGACACUUCGCAAAGGCCAGAGGAAGGCUCCACAGUGAAGAGUCGUCUGAUCCGUCUCAUGACUAACCUGGACACAGACCUCAAACACUGCGCUGCUGACCUCAUCUUUGUCCUCUGCAAGGAAAAUGUGGGCCGCUUUGUCAAGUACACAGGCUACGGUAACGCAGCGGGCCUGCUGGCCACCAGGGGUCUGCUGGGAGGCCAGGGCUCCAGGACCUUCAGCUCUGACACCCAGUACUCCAGCGACUCCGACUCGGACACUGAGGAGUACCGGCAGGUCAAGGAUCGCAUCAACCCGGUGACGGGGCGGGUGGAGGCGGAGCAGCCGGACCCCAUGGAGGGCAUGACAGAGGAGGAGAAGGAGGAGGAGGCCAAGAGGCUUUUCAUGCUUUUCAACAAGCUGUCCAGAGAAAACAUUAUCCAGCCGAUGGGAGUAGAUUCAGAGGGGAAGCUGGUCCCAAUGUCAGGACUGAGGGAUCAGUCUCUCUCUGAAGAGGGGAAGUCUGGCUCGGAGAAUGACGCAGAAGAAGAAGAAGAAGGAGAAAAGAACUGAAACAUCUCAAAUCCAGUCAUUCAAUUUAUUUAUUUCAAUUUUAUAAACGUCCCAAUGCUACAGUUUGACGGUACAUGUGUUCAUGUAUGGACGUCAUGGGAACACAGUGAUGUAGUUUUCACCCAGACCCAGCAAGCCAAGAAAGAAAGGAUAUAAAAAAGCUUGUUUUUGUAUUUAGAUAAAUAAUAUAAAGCAGCAAUAAGGCCACGCUAGCUUGAGUUGAGUUGAUAGUAAUAUUGUCUAAUAUUUGAAUAAAGUCUUCAAAGCAGA